AUGGAUAGUUAUUGUAUACUCCGUACUUUGUCAACUGUAAUCGUUGUUGUAUGUCCUCGCACUUGCGUCCCCGCCGCACUACAAUCCGCCCACCGCGCCAUCUACGACGCUGUAGCCGACAUCCUCCUAACAGCAACCUACCAAUCCAGUAUCGAGGGUUUCGCAAGAACUGAUGCGAGUCACACGGUCAACGGUGCGAAACGGUACAAGCUAUCCGCCAUUCCGCUGGUUCGGAGCGUGAUGCCUCCUGCAGCGGAACGUCAACCUUCGUGUCGCGUUGUGCUGUCACUGGGCCCCGACGGUGCGACCAUUUCCCCCAUCGCGGUGGAGUACACGGGUCUAUAUCCAGCUAGGAUGGAUCAAAAAGACAGUCUCAGAAUGUUUGCCGAUGAUUGUGAAUCGUGGGGCCAGGUGGACGAUGUCGCGUACGAAACCACUGCGAAGGAUGGGCGAGACGGUGAGUGGCUUGGUGCUGAUGUUGGGUCAUGCUCCGGGCUACCCCAACCUUGGGGAAUCGGUCUUGAUUUUACACGAAUCGAUCAUAUUGCGACGAUUGUUUCGAUCAUGUGGGAUCUGAUACAUUAUCUUUUGGGGACAGAGGAUGGCUUUGUCGACGAGUGGGACUUUUCGUCGGGUAAACUUUGGCCGGUCUUGUAUCCAAAUGGUACGAAAGGGAGAAGUAGGAUCCUGCCAGCAGGACAUGGGUGCUUCAGGGACGUUAUACAGGCUCAGCUAGAAGGCGGGUGGGAGAGGAUCAUUGUUGGAGAGUGCUGUAGCGCGGGACCGGCUUAG